AUGUAUGUUUGUCUCUUGUUUUGGACACUUAUUUCUUCGCUUGGAAUUAUUGUGCCAUGCUCUGCAAUUGCCCUUGCUUCAGGAACUUGUCCAAAUGAAAAAUUGGUUAGAGAUGCCAAAGAAGGACUGAGUUUCGAAGAGAUGGCAUAUAUGGAGAAAAGAAUGAAAGCCAUUCAACCAUUUUGGUCUCGGUUUUUGGAAGGAUUUGUUGAAGAAACAGGAAUUCUUAAUACUAAUAUAACGUCAAAAUGGCAACAGCAACCACCGCGUAUAGGCAUUGCCAUGUCAGGAGGAGGUUAUCGAUCUAUGUUGACAACUUCUGGUGUUCUGUUGAAAAUGCAGGAGUAUAUGUUGUCAGAUUUUUUGGCUUAUAUGUCUGGAACCUCAGGUGGGAGUUGGGCAAUGACGAAUUUGGUUUUGACAGAUUUCAAUUAUAGCUGCUUGACGAAUUGGAAUCUUGAGAUGAGUCUCCUAAAAGGGGUACCCGACAUCGAUAUUCGUGAAAGAGACGUUGUGUCCCAUUUGGAUUUGAAAGGUUUUGAGGAGUCUCUGCUUUUAGAUGAUAAAUUCCAGCUUGAACUGAAAAAUUCAAGGAGACAACUCAAGCGAUCCGAUGAAAGCAUGCGUGAUUGCAUUGCACUUGAUGAUGAGUUGGAAAUUUGCAUUAGCUCAGGCUUACAGUCCUCGAAUGAUAUUCAAAGGCGAGGACUUUCUCCAAUUUUGAGAAUGAAGGAAUUUCUUGCUUCGUGGUUCGACGUCGGUAGAAAAAACAACAACUCAACAGCUUCAUAUGCAAGCAAAAUUCGAGAAGUGCGAGAGUUGAUGGAAUUUUACACGUCACUUCACUCUGAGGCCAAAAUGAAAAAGUUGCGUGGAUUCACGAUUUCUUUCACGGAUUACUGGGGAAUUGCGUUACUGAAGAUGAUUGCACCGACCAAAUGCAAUCAGAAUGACCUACGGAGCUUAUCCGACGUUAUGGAUGUUAGUAAUAAAUUCCAAUCCGGAGAAGCCCCGAUCCCCAUAUUCGUAGCCAAUUGCAAAAAUGAUAAUUUGCAAAACGCCGUAUUUGAAAUAACACCGUUCGAGUUUGGUUCUUGGCACACGCUUAAGCUGUUCGCAAGAACCCGCUACCUGGGAUCGGAACUCUUGAACGGCGUCUCACGGAGAUGUACGCGAGGAUUUGACGAGCUUGGGUUCAUAACGGCAACCGCGUCUUCUAUGUUCAACAACGCUUUCAUGUAUCUUUGGAUAAAAUUCGCUUCCACCCAAAGCACAAAGCAAGUCAUGAACGCAAUUUUUGGCGCGUUUAGCAUCAAUCUGCAAUUCGACAAAUUGACAAGACGUCCGCACCCAGAAUAUGCAUUGUACCCGAACCCAUUUUAUCGGCAUCCAACCAAUAAUUCAUCGCUAACGCACGAACCGCAAUUGUUCCUAGCCGACGGAGGUGAGGACGGUGAAAACAUUCCAUUGCGACCUUUGCUUGUACGUCAAAGACAACUAGAUCUGAUUUUCGCAGUGGACUCAAGCUCAGACAAAUUAAAUCUACCAGACGGAUCGAUGCUGCGGAAUUUGUAUUUGCAUACGCGUGCAGAAACAAAUCAUUUGCUACACCCGAUGCCUGAAAUCCCACCUCCAGAAAUUUUUCAAACCAAAGGAUUUUUACGUAAACCAGUGGUCUUUGGCUGCUAUCUAGAAAGCUACCUUGGGGAUUUAGAAUCGGCUAAUGAACUUCCACCGAUGGUGGCCUAUUUUGCCAACACAAAUCAUACCUAUGCGUCCAACACCUCAACUUUCAAACUGAAAUACAGUACAUUUGAAGUCCAAAAAAUGCUACAAAACGGUGCCAACGUUUUCGGCUCCAAUAACGAUCCUGAAUUUAAAUCCUGUCUUGACUGUUUUAUCGUCAAAAGGUCUUUUGACCGAGCUUCUUUGAGCCAAACUGGCAACCAAAUCCACAAAAUUCCACCAGUUUGUAGCGCCUGUUAUGCUAAAUACUGUUAUAAUUGA